AUGUCUCUCAUUCCACCAGGAUCAAAUCCAAUACGAUAUCCAGGAUACUUCAAGCACAAACCACAACCAAAAGAGAACCCGCAUCUAGUUCUCACACACGAUAUUGUUCGCAACAUCAAGACACUACAUUUCGAAAUUAACACUUCCGAGCCUGUCAGUUCCAACAGAAAGUACCUCACAUCAAUGAAAGGAUACUUCGGUGUAAUGACACUCAGCGCCUGCAGCUCGUGCGACCUACACGGAAACGGAGAGAAGGUUCACCUAGACGACAAACACUGCUUAUGGCAACCGAAGAACAACACAGAGACCAAGGACGAGCCAUUGUGGCACCUACGAGUCAGCGUAUUGAAGGACCAGGAAGCAAGAGGCGACUGCCAGACUCGCAGAUUCGCUUUCAAAUCGUUGCAUCACCUCACACACGCGGCCAAUCAACUCGAUGCAGCAUUUGGCAAAACGCUAGACAUCAAGAAAUGUGGUGUUGAAACUCCGGAUGCGAUGGGUGGCAGAGUGAACGAUGGACGGAGCGAGAAUAUCACAAUCGAAUUUGAAUCCGAAUCGUCAACAGAAAGCUGGAAAGAGUUUCUGUGGAGGUUGAAGGGUUUGGAAGAUGAAUGGGAUCAUGAGGGCAUGAGUGUUCUGUGA